GGGGAGGGGGCCGCGGCCGCGGCGUCACUUAUACAGCAGGAGGAGGAGCCUCCUUCCCGGCCCGCUCCUCUGACUGGGCGCGGCCGAGCCACCCUCGCCCGGCUAUUGGGUGUGGGGGGAGAAGUGGGCGGGGCUCCGGCGGCGGCCGAGGCAGGCGCGGGCCUUUUCCUAACCGUCGUCCGCGGCGCGCGCAUUAACGGACUACCCUCCCCCGCCGCCACCAUCACAAACAAGCAGCAGCGGAGGAGGAGGAGGAGGAGGCUGGCGGUGGAGGGGCUCAUGAAUAUGGAGGAGGUGGGCGUGGCCGACGCGGGGGCUCGUUUCCCUCCCCUCACGCCGUGAGAAAAUGGCGGCGGCGGCGGCGGCAGCAGCAGCAUCGGCGGCGGCGCUCGGCGUCCGGGCCGCGGGGUCUCCGCCGCCGCCUCCGCUCCUGCGACGGGGCCGGGGCCGGAGGAGGCGGCGCCAGGGCGGGCCUGAGGAGAAAGAGGCGGCGGCGGAGGGCGGCGGGCCCCGGUGCGCCUGCGGGCCGCGGCGCUGCCCGCCUCAGGGCCCCGGCCGCCCGUUUUGCCGCAGCCGCCUCGGCAGCUUCUCGCAGCCGGUUCGGGCCCCCUCGGAAGGCGGGACGCCGUCGCCGCCGCCUCCUCCGCCACCGCCCGCCCAGGCAGAGCGAGGUGCGGCGCCCGCCCGUGCGCGACACGUAUCGUGUGAAUGGGUUACGUGUGCGUGUGUGAGUGAGAGUAGGAAAUGCACGCGACUCGUUGACGUUGUCUGGGCGCGGGCGUGUGCCUGCUCGCGUUUCUGCCUACGUGGGCAGCGGAGCCUCAGGGUGUGUGGUUUUUGGACAGGCGCCCCAGUUGCCAGCGAAGCACGUCGGGAUGCGCCCAGGCGCGGCGCGCGCGUGUGAAUGGGUAAAUUUCACGGGGGCGGGCGUAGGCGCCUGGGUCUGCGGGCAGGUGGCUGUUGUUGUUUGUUAAUUAAAUUUGCAUUCGUAGAUCUCGGGGCAGUUCGCGACAUGAAAAACACAAAAUGCAAACACGAAAUUCCGUGGGCCUGUGUCACGCGGGGAGAGCAGCUCUGCGUGGGGCUUCGCCCGAGAACGCAGUUUAUUUCUAGCUAAAUGGACACAGGCUUAAGAUGCGUGUGGUGGCUGCGGUGGUUGUUUUGCAAUGCCUUCAGAGCAAAUGAGAGAGCCGGAUGAUGCGUGUUGGCCCACCAUUCAGGUGACCCCAAAGACCCGUGUUUUCCACCUGCUUUUAACCACUCUCUGAGAGUCUUGCUGAAAUUGAUUCCUUCAAGCUUUAUUUCCAGGAAGAAUUGGUUAAAUACCCUGAAAUAAUUGAUCGCUUUCUUAAACCUUAAUACCCAAAGUUACAAAAUGCAGGUUGGCUCCCAAAAAAGAAUGGUUUUAAGGAAUUUACUAACCACAACAUUGGGGGUGUGUGGGGGUGUGUGUUUGUUUGAAAACAUCAGCCGUGUGCUGGAGGUCCAUGUUUUAUACAUCUUUUAUACAUGUGUUUGUUACACUCCUCCUUCGAGUGCACCAAAGAUGUAUAAAACAUGGACUUCCAGCACAUGGCUGAUGUUUUCAAACAAUUGGCUGUGCUCUUCUGUGUUUGCGUUCUUAUCUUUUGCAUUGUCCUCACCCCUUGGCACAGUUGGCAUCUGUCUGAAGUGUAUCUUGUGAAGUGAAGGAGUCCUGUGUGUAUAUUUCUUCCUCGCAGGGACAGGUCCUUCAGGGGAGCAGUCACCAGACAUGCCCCGUUCAGUUUUCUUUCUUUAUUGCCUUUAUACAGUCAUACCUCGGGUUAAAGACGCUUCAGGUUAAAUCUUUUCAGGUUGCGUCCCACGGCGACCCGGAAGUAACGGAAUGGGUUACUUCCGGGUUUCGCUGCAUGCUCAGAAUGACGGCACGCGCGUGCACAGUUCUGCUCAUGAUGCUAAUGGGGUUCCGGAACGAAUCCUGUUCACAUCCAGAGGUACCACUGUAUCCCACUUUUUCUCCCAAGUUGCUCAAGGUGUAUUCUUCCUCCCCAUUUCCCCCCACAACAACCCUGUGAGGUAGGUUAGGCUGAGAACUAGCCCAAGGUCACCCUAGGAGUUUCAUGGCUGAGCUGGGAUUUGAGCCCUGGCCUCCCAGCUCCUAGUCUCUAACCACUACACCACAUGGGUUGAUCAUCCGUUGGCUAUGGGGCAUGGGCAGUGUGUGUGCAUGGACAUCCAGCGCACAGGACCUCCGGGUGUGUUAUUGUGAGGCUUUUCAAGUGCGUGUGAACCAGAGGUACCAAACAGUACAGCCUUUGUGGGUCUCGAGUGUUGUGAUAAAUUUAGUGCCUGAUUGACUGGGUGUGUGAGGUUUGCUUUGAGUCAGGUGUUGAGAGGAGGGGUGGACAGAGAAGAAUGUAGCAUUGAAAGCCCAAGAAAUGUAUUGUGUUGUACAUUUGGGCCACAGACCACUUCAUCAGUGUACCGUCAUACCUUGGAUUGAAGUAGCUUUGGGUUGAGCUUUUUCAGAUUGUGCUCUGUGGCGACCCGGAAGUAACGUGUUCCGUUACCUCCGUGUUUCGCCGCUCACGCAUGUGCAGAUGGUCAAGAUGACAUGCGCAGAAGCAGCGAAUCGUGAUGCACAGACGCAGGUUGCGUUCGCUUCAGGAUGCGAACAGGGCUCCAGAACGGAUCCUGUUCACAUCCAGAGGUACCACUGUAAAGAGAAAUGGGAUGCGUUUGGUGUGUGAGUUAAUGAGUGCUUGGGUGUGAUAGUCAUGCACAUUGGGAAAAGGCGUAUACAUCACUAAUUGUUUGUGGAGCACAGUGUUAUUAGAACAAUAUGACACUUAGUAAGUGAGGUGAUGUUCCUAAGAACAAGAGGUUGGCUGUGUAAUGACGCAUAUACAAAAUAUUUUUUCUAAGUCUGCUAAUUUCCUGUUCUUGGUUACUGAUGGAACGAUGGCCACUCCUUGAAUCACUUACAUGGAUUGCAAUUGUACACAAACAUAAGAUGAUUCUUUUUUUAGUCACUCUGCCUGCGUAUUUGAAAACAACUAACACUAACACAACUAACACAAUUAGUCCAAAAUAUAUUUCACAUGGUGUAAAGCAGGGCUUUGUGUAUGUGUGUUUGAGAGUUUUAUCAUGGAGUGUGAAUUUGCACCUUUUAAACAUGCUCUGGAGAUGAGCAAGUGUGAGUUUAGUUUUGCUUCUUGUGUUGGUCAUAUAUUUCUUGACUUUGUGGGUAGAUGUGUUGAAUGUUCUGCACAUAGAAUUAAAUCAUAGAAUUGUAGGGUUGGAAGGGACUACAAGGGUCAUCUAGUUCAACCCCCUGCAAUGUUGGAAUCUUUUGCCCAACAUGGGCUUUGAACCCACAAUCCUGGGAUUAAGAGUCUCGUGCUCUACCUACUGAGCUACAUAAUGUAUGCUGGACACAUAAUGCUGCCGAAAAGAAGAUGAUUGGUGAAUUGAGACGAUGAUAGUAUGGGGAAAGAUUUUCCUAAGGUGUGUAUACAGGAAAUGGCCCUUCUCUGGUCAAAGGUGCAAGGGUCACCUGGACUUACUGUUAUUCUCCAAUUCCUACCGCCUUCGGCAAGGUUGUUACUGUCCUAAAGCAGGGGAUUUGAUGGGUUUUAACAACCAUCACUACCUUGGGCGCUGAAUCGGAUGUCAUGAGUAAAUUCAGUUUUGUGCCAUUUUUCUUUACUUGUCUGAGCUGGAUCUCCACUAACCAGAUUACCUUCAUUUUGUCUGACCUGUGUCCAGGGCUGAACCCUUCUUUUUUCUUUCUUGUUAUUGAGAGAGCGUUCCUUGUGCAACAGGUCCCUAGAUUCCAGUGUGCCAUAAAACUUUGUGUUAUCUAUGCUGAAAACCUUUUCAUCUCGAAAAGCACUUCAGUGCCACUAAUUUUAUCAGCUCCCCCCCAUAAAUUGACAGUUUCUGGUUGUUCUGGUCUGCUGUACAACUACAGAAAAGAAUGAAUAGCUUAGUGUUGGAUGGAAAGUCUGGGUUAGGUGUAGUUUGACAGGUUUUCUGAAAACUGCUUUUUGAAAUUGACUAUUCAAUUCAGGAGAAUUCCUCAGAUAAUGCUGUGCUGAGCUUUGGCCUGCAAGUUGCACUUUUGCCACUCCUUGAUGUCACCUGAGGGGGACACAAAGAGUUAAGGUGGAGUCUUGUGAAUCUUCAGAUCUCAACUGUUGGCUUUCUUUCUUUGAACAGAAGUCACUGGCUGAUUCUUGAGCACACAAAAUAGGGGUUGUAAUUGCAGGGGGGGAGUGCACAGCAACAUUCCGCUGUUGGUUUGAGUUUGGGAAAUUGCAAAUGAAACGAAUUAAUUUAUUUUCUGUUAUCAUAUGUACCAGGUUACAUUUGUUUGCAAUAUCCAGCUCUUCUAUCUAAAUUGGAUUAUCAGAAUGGACAAAAGUGUUCUAUGUCAAGAUUGUGUAUGGCAUUGUUUCAGGUUAACGAAACGCAGUAAACUGUCACAAACAUGUUAAGAAAUAGUUUAUUCAAAGUCAAUUUUUCUUCCCUAGCUUUAAGCAUCUAGGCACUGACCAAACUCUGACCUGUUAAACUUCAGAGAGGGUCUUCUGCUUUUAGGCCCGGCCCUGCCCUGGUCAUUAAACUUCCUCAAAUAGGAAACUGGAUUUUGUUUUGUUAAUCUAGGAAAUUCUGUCUAGUCUUGAGCAACAGUUCUGUCAGAUUUCAUGCAACCCAAUGUUGGGUCACUUCAGAGCAACGUCUGCCAUGGGGACAUGCUGUUUUGUCUUAGGGGAACCUUGCACGAGUACACAAAGUUGCUAGAUCUGUCUCUCCAUACACACACACUUCUUCUUCUUCUUUGGCGAUCACUUGUAGCCGAGUGAGAUUGUCUUCCAUAAACACGGUUUUAACAAUGAGUCCGUAAGUGACUGAGGAGGCCAAUUCUGGAUCCACGUCGUUCCAUAGUGGGGACAUUGGUUUCUGGGUGGGAGUUGAUCACGGUGUGGAUUUGCCAAGCGUGCCUUCCUCCUAGCACGUUUCUCCCUUGCUUCCUGAGUUCGAGUGUCUUCAAAGCCCAUGACACCUUUGGUAAAGGCUGUUCUCCAACUGGUGCGCUUGCAGGCCAGUGUUUCCCAGUUGUCAGUGUUUAUACUACAUUUUUUAGAUUUGCUUUGAGACAGUCUUUAAACCUCCUUUGUUGACCACCAGCAUUACUCUUUCCAUUUUUAAGUUCGGAAUAGAGUACAGUCAUACCUCGGGUUGAAUGCGCUUCAGGUUGAGCGCGUUCGAGUUGCACUCUGUGGCAACCUGGAAGUAACGGAGCAUGAUACUUCUGGGUUUCACCGCUUGUGCAUGCGCAGAUGCUCAAAAUGACGUCACGUGCAUGCGCAGAAGUGGCGAAAAACGACGCGUGCGUGCGCAGAUGUGCUGUCGCUAGUUACGUUUGCUCCUAGAUGCGAACGGGGCUCCGGAACGGAUCCCGUUCAUAUCUAGAGGUAGCACUGUAGUUGCUUUGGAAGACGAUCAGGCAUCCAGACAACAUGACCAGUCCAACGAAGUUGAUGUUGAAGAAUCAUUGCUUCAACACUGGUGCUAAACCAUUAAAUGAUAUAUUUUUUUUAAUAAAUAAAAAAUCCACGUGUUGUGAGGCUUCCCUGGGCCCCGGCAGCUAAAUUUUGCUCACUGCAGCUGACUGGCUUUGUAGCUUUGUGCAUGCCUGUGUUAUGGGUGCUGCUGGUGUGGGAAUCUUGAUGUGUGUGCACACGCCUGCUCCUCCCCCGUAGAUUUAUCGUGACCUUGUGCCAAGAAAGGCAAACUAUCCUGUCUGGAAAGUAAAAGAUGCAUUUUGCUACUAGAAAGGACUAUUGAGAGGAAGACGUGGUUCCCUUUAAGCAUUUCCACUCUGUUAUACAAUCAUGCUCCCUUUCAAGUGAUAGGGAAAUUCAGGACAGGCUUCCUUUGUAUAAAGGAGAGCACAUUUAGAGACUCUUUGACUUUCUGGCAAAUCCUGACUUUUCAAAUGUUUGUUAGGGAAAGAAUUGACAUAAGUCCCUUAACGCAUGUAUGCAGUGUGUGAUAAUGUACAUUCAAUGCUGGAUGCAGUCACCUUUUUUGGGUGCUGUACACAUGUCACCCCCAUGACAUCUAGGGCUGGGCAAUAUGUCGAUAAAUCAUCCAAAACCAGUUUGAAGUUCAUAUUGUGAUAAUGGCUUCAUAAUUUUUGACCUGGCAGUAUAUCACAAAUGGGUGUUAGUAGUCCAAUCUGAUGCCUAGAAGAGGCACACAGUACAUUUUUUAUUUUUGCUUCUUGCACUCAUGUCCACACACUUAACGUUUGAAAAUAAACAUGCCCACGUGAUAUUGAAAUGGGUCCUGUGUUUUGUAACUUAAAUGUGGAAAGUUUUCUUAAAGCUAGCUGGUGGUACUGUGUGGGCACAAAUUGUGGAUUGGCUAACCUGUCCCUUUUCAGCUUCUUAUCAGUGACUUAUAUUUGUUUUGCGAUAGUCUCUUCUUUGCAAACAUGAUGAGAUAAAAUUGGAUGGCUUUAUGGAUGACUUGGUCUUGAAUACCUUUGUAGAAAAUCUCUGGUUCCAGAGAGUGACUUGCCUGGGCAUGUGUUUAGCCAAAGUGGGUGUGGUUUUUAAAGUUGCUGUUGAGCUUUUUACUAGAGAUGGCAUAGGAGGUAGUGUGACAUUUUGCUCUCCAGCAGCAAGACAUCUAUGUGCGCGAACCCUGCUUAGUUUCACUCCAGUUGCAUAGGUAGGCUGACAUUGUUGCGCUUGAUUUUUUAAAAAAGUUUUGAGAGGCUAGGGGCUGCUUUUUGGAUCGUUAUUUUAGCAUGCAGUUGCCAAGUGGAUUCAUCUCCUUGUGGUGAGCCCCAGUAUGAGGGAAAAACACAUUUCUGAUAUAGUAGUAAGAAUAACCAUGCUUAACUGCAUUUCUGUAGCAUUUCUGUGAAUUCUCAAAACGCUAAACAACUCCUCCACCCCUCUUUCUGCCGGCAGAUUUUAUAUUCAGAGCACCCAUCACGUUAAGCAAGCCUGGAGAGCUGCAUGAGGAAUACAAAAGCCAGCUACGAAAGGUAAGACAGUUGCAUUCUGUGAUAAAUUAUUGCAGCCAUAUCAUCAUGACCAGGAUGGGCAAUUUGUGGCCCUCCAGAAGUUUCUGGAGUCCACCACCCAUCUUCCCUGACACUUUGGACCUUCUGGUGGGGCUUAGUGGGAGUUGGGAGUCCAACAAUAUCUGGAGGGCCAGAGUUUAAAGUUUAAAGCAGUCACUGCUACAUGUGCCUAGUGUGCAUCUGUCUCCAGCAUAGAGACGGUGUUUAUUUUGUGCUUAACCUUUUGUAGUACUGACAGAUACUCUUGGGGGCUGAUAGGAUCCAUGCCAUAUUUUUAAUAAGCAUUUUGCAUUCAGGGGUGUUAAGGCAUGCCGUAGACUCUUGCAGAUUUCUGUUGUCUUGUCUUUCUAAAUGUCAGAUCAAUUAUCUAUCUGUCUAUCUAUCCAUUUAUUUACAUCAAAUUUAUACACAUCUCUGUAAAUGUGAAUUUGGGCAGUCUUUUACUACUGAGGGCGAUUUAAAGUAUGUUAAUUGUUGUUCUCUUCCUUGACUAAGGAGGUUUGCUUGGGCACAGUUGAGAACUUCUAUUUCAUUUUGUGGGAAUCUUUCUCAGCCAUGGUAGAGGAUGAGAGAAAGAGAUUAGGUGGAGCAAAGGAGAUAACUGCGCAAUGUUUUCCAUGCUUUCUGCAAAUUAUUAUUGCAAGAGCUCCCAACCCUUGUAGACCUGUGGAAUGUUGAGAGUGUGCCAGAGCUGUACACCUCAGUUUCUCUUCUUCCCUUGCCACUCCCAGUGCUGUCAUGACACACAGAUGUUGAUCCAAGUCAUGGAUCUUUGUGGAUCUUGCGUGGUUUUUACAUGGGGUGCCAUCAAAAUGACAGUACACACCCAUGGAUGCGUUUGGGGGGAUCCCUUGUAAAAAUCACACAAAUUGUAUCGUGUUUUUAAUAUUCGGUUGGGAGCAAAUCCCUUGUAAAAAUGACACAAAUUGUAUCAUGUUUUUAAUAUUCGGUUGGGAGCCGCCCAGAGUGGCUGGGGAAAUGGGCGGGGUAUAAAUAAUAAAUUAUCAUUAUUAUAAAUUCAAGUUGCUUUGUUUUAUUUCCACGGGAUUCUACAUUUGCCAGGCCGAUGGAAAAGCAAGGAGGACACAUGCCUGCAGGGUGCUGUGUGCGCCUGUGUUGUGCAAGUGCUUUGUCUUUUGUGGGGCGGAAGACAUUGUGCAAACCAGGCAUGAUCCCCACACCCUUACUCAUUCCUCGUUAUCGCUCUGCUCAUUACCCUCACCUCUUCCAUCAUUCUUUUUCCAUCUCCAUUGCUCUUUUUGCCCCUACCAUCUCCUCCUUAAAACUAUUUUCACUGGGUGGUUGGACACACUGCAAAGCAGUCCCCUAGCUACCCACCAUUUAAAUUUUCUCCAGAGGGACUCUAGGCCCCAUGUACUUUGCUUGGUAAAGCACCCAGUUGCCCAGUAGAAAUAGUUAUUCGUUUUUAAUCCUCCGUGAAGAGCCUUCUGGGUGAUUCAUUCAAAACUGCAGGAUUAUAAAUAAGAUAGCACAGUUGCCUACUGGCCACCAGAGGGGGGAAAAUAGAAAUGUUCUACAUGCAGUAUCAUAGAGGUGAAAUAAUGAAUUCCUUAUACAGAUCUUGUAGUUUUAAAGCCUGCAGAAGCAGAAGCCUGGUGACUUUAGGAAAGGGAAGCUGGGAAUUGCAUAUCCUACACAGCUUCCUUGUUGAAACUGCACUAAGAUUUUCUUCAUGCUGUAGAAGCAUUUCUGGCAAUAGUUCUAAUGAUUUCCUUUACAGCAAUUGAGGAGAAAAUGUUUUCAAGAAGUGUUUCUGGGGCUCUGACUCUGCCACGUGUGCAGUUGGGAGACAGCUUUUUGUCCACUUCCUGUUUGGCUUGCUGGCCCUGCUCUUUUUCUUCAGACACACUGGCAGAACUUAGAUGUGCUUCUCAAUGUUUAAACACCCUUUCUGAACUUUAAACUGCGCCCAAAGGAAGCAGAUUCCUAAACCUAUGCUCAGGUGGGACAUAUAGAUUGUCCAGUGCCUAAAUUCAGGAGUUGCUGCCAAGUCUUGGGAUUUAGUCCUAUGCCACACCUGAUCUUUUCACUAUAAUUUUUGCAUAAUAGAUAGGAAAAUAGGAGUCAGACCUUUGCUCCAUCUUGCUCAAUAUUGUCGACACUGACCGGCCGUCUCUCUCCAGGGUUUCAGACAAGACAUUUCCAGCUCUACCUGGACAUGUCAAGGAUUGGUCCUGAGACUUUUCUGCAUGAGGAACAGCUGCAGCUGCAGUCUUCCCCAUAAUAACUGCCUUAUUUUUUAUUUAUUUUUUAAAAAGCAGAACCUUGCAACACCAAAAAUAAGUAAUUAUAUUUCUAAAAUGGCUACCCUGAGCCAACUUAGGUCCUCUUAUGGGUCCCCCUGCCUUGAGUGGUGACCACAAUAGGGGCCUUUUGAUGGUGGGACCUGGAUUCUGAAACGUUCUUCUCAGAGAGGCCUACAUGAUGCAGAGUCUGAGACCUUUUCAGUGCUAGGUGAAGACUAUCUUCAUUUGUUUCCACCUUUUAGCGUUUUCAGGUUUUAAUGAUGUGUUUUAUCUGGAUUUAAUGUUGCCGUUGUUCAGCUGUUUUAUUGUAUUUCUAUAGAAUGCUUCGUUGUUAAGUUACGUUAACUUCUUUGGAAGGUUUUGCCUUAGAAUCAGUGUAAAAGUCACUUCUCCAGGCUAAAGAGAUCCAGGUCUUUCCAUCAUUUGUCAUACAGUUUGGUUACCAGUCUCCUCACUAUCCUGGUCACCCGUCUUGGGACACACUGCAAUUGGUCAAUGUCUCUCUCUAACUGUGGCACCCAAAUGUAGCCGCAGCAAUAAAACAGCUGCAUUUUUAAAAAAGAGCAGCAGCCAAAGCAAGAUUAAACCAGGACAUGAAUUCUCAUUUGCUUCUAGUUGAGGGAUGAAAAACUGCAAGAAGAGAGAACCUCUGAUGAUUUUAUUCACAAGCUGAUUGUUGAGGACACUACUGAUGCAGGGAAAAGAAAAACAGAAGAUCAGAAGAAAGAGGAGUCCUUAAUGGUCAAAAUGACCCAAGAACGUGUAAGUAACUGUGGGUUGUGCUAUGUUGCUUUGUCUCCCCACCACUACCAAAAAGAGUUGUAUACUUACCUGCCAUAGCCAGGAUAGCCUGGAGGCAUCAGAGAUUGAACCUUUUGUGGGCAAAACAUGUGCAGUGCUCCCCCUCCAAAAUACUACGAUUUAGUUACAGUAGGGUUACCAGAUGUCCUCGGAUUUGCAAAUCUGUCCCUGGGAAACGUGGCAGUGGCAGCCCGGAGCCAGCCAGAGCCAACUGCGCUACCAGGCUGACUCUGGGCUGCUGACUGCCACUGCCAAAGGAGAACCAGGGACGUCCGGCGGUAAACAUCUCCUGCCUCCUUCCCCCUUUGUUUUGACUGAUUGGGGGAGGCUCAGGAGUCACGGGUGGGCGGCCGUUGCCCAGUUUUUAAAAAACUCUGCACGUUUAUGUUUCACGGUGCGAAAGAAGGGCUUUGCGCCUUUAUACAAUAUGCAAGUGUGCUUGGGCCCAGGGUCUUUUGCCUCGCCAUCCCCACUACUGACUCCCUGUUGCUACUCAGCUUCCAAAAAAAAAAAAAGUGUUCCUGGAUUCAUUGAAAAAAAUCUGGUAACCAUAAGUUACUGUCCAUAUGGUGGAUGUAGGAUAAAAAAAAAUACUGCUUUUAAUGCAGAAGCCAAUCAUUUGGGUGUUCCUCCUAGAAAUAUCUUGUAGACACUAGGGACUAUGUCACGUGACGAUGGCACACUGUCUUCGCCUGGGACUUUAUUGUCAGGUUCAUGGCCACACCAAAUUCAGUGCAGAAUUGAAGGGGGAACUUUUGAGACCUUGUUUCCUCUGGAAAGUCUUGCCGUAGGAAGCCACAGAUUUUGUUGUUCAGCUGUGUGAACCAACACAGGACAAAGAUACCCACGAAUAUGGAUUGCAGGGAUUGAAAGUGCUGAGCGGGCUCCUCCUCCCUAGCUAUAACUACAUGAAUGUGCGGACAAAAUGCUGAAUGGGAUGGGAGAAGGGGCAUCUAACUCAGGGCGUCAGCAGCCUAAGGCCCAUGGGCCACAAGCGGCCCACGGGGGUUGUUUAACCGGCCCCCGAGCCGCCCCCGAACCGAGCUGCCUGCUUGGCAAGUCCCUGCGCACUGCGCUAAACUGGCACAGCGCGGUGUGGGGACUUGCUUCCAUGGCGCGGGAAAUCGUGUCUGUGCAAACGCCGGAAAUUGCGGGCGCGCUCUCACACGCAGUCCGGCUCAUGGAGGGAUCUCCGCUGGAGUGAACUGGCCCAGGUGGGGUAAACCUUGCCGACCCCUGAUUUAACUAGAUGACAACCCUGACCUUAAAGCUUUGCUCAAAAGAAAGCCUAGUUGAGUUCAGUAGGACUCGCUUUCAGACAUGUGUAUCAAGAGGUACAGAGUAAUCUCCCAUGGGAUGUUGAUGAGCUAAGGAUUUUAGGACUCAGGCAUAGAAACUGGAUUGGCUAGUAUCCCUUUCCCUCUGUAAUUCCCCGGUGACUGGUAUUCAGAGGCAUACUCCCUGUGAUGUUGAAUAUAAAUCUAGCCAUCAUGACGUAUUAGUCGUGGAUAGCCAUAGCUGCCAUAGUACAGUGGUACAUUGGGUUCCAAAUGCUUCGGGUUACAGACACUUUGGGUUACAAACUCCGCUAACCCGGAAGUAGUACCUCGGGUUGAGAGCUUUGCCCCAGGAUGAGAACGGAAAUCGUGCGGCAGCGGGAGGCCCCAUUAGUGAAAGUGCGCCUCAGGUUAAGAACGGACCUCCGGAAUGAAUUAAGUUCGUAACCUGAAGUACCACUGUAUUUUAGUCCCUUAACUCUGAAACCAUGUGGCUAUAUACUGGUCAGGAUUUUACUGUUGUGAGUUUUUUUACAUCUUAAGACUUUGCAGUGAUGAGCAUGUAGAAAUCUAUUUGACGAUGAUGUAAAUCACCUUCAGACAUGGAGACAGUAUCCCUUUGCAUUCCAGCCUCUGGGGAAGAAUAGCAGGAGAAAGAGCCGUUUGCCUCGGUGUCAUGCUUUCGGGCUUCCCAGGGGCAUCUAGUUCGCCACCAAGGGAAGCAGGAUGCUUGACAAGAUGGGCCUUUGAUCUGAUCCAGCAGAAACGCUCUUCUUUUGUUCUUCUACUGUUGUCUCAAAUUUGGUUACAGCCAACAAAUCCCGCUCUGCUCAGUGCAUACUUCAAACGUAACUGCUCUGUGGAAUGGAGGCUCAAAAUACUGUUGGAAGAAGCAGUGAAUUGCCAGAGUGAGGCUGUUUGUGGUCCAUUGUAUGCCACAUUGGUACUUUUUGUGAGUUGGCAGUUUAAAAUAUUGUUAUAAAUAAGGAAAGUGCCAACUAAUCUUUCCUUGAUUCCUUCAGUUUCCUGAACGCCUCUCUGAUUCCGAGAAUGAGGAACCAUUCCAGGGCAAAUCUGCACAUCGGUCAGCUUUUGUCUCCAAGGGAAGCACCUACUCAAUAGCAUUGGUGGCAGGGUAAGUCCUUGGUCAGUUUCUGGGUUGUCUUUAAGGGAAAGUUCCAGCUAAGACAGUGGAGGUAGGUGGGGCAGGGAAUAUUAGGAGAGUGAGCAGAUGACUCUGGACUGUGUUAUAGCGGCUCAGAAUUUGUUCCUGGAAUAAACUACAAAUUACAAACCACUUCAAAAUUGUGUGCACAUUUAUGCAGAUGUGUUACAGGGACUGGGGCCCAAGGAAGUUGUGACUCCUGGUUUUUGUGGAGCUGUAAGGGGGGGCAGUGUGGCGUGAAGGGGCAAUUUAGCUGGAUUUUUUUUUUGCCUGCUUUGCAAUCUUCUUGGCAAUCAUGUGGACCAGAAAUGCUGAACAAUUGGAGCUCCUCUCUAUAAAGAUUUCACAGCCCCUUCAUGUUCUGGGUGAGGCAGCUCUCUGUAGGUCAUGGGCCAUUAGUAAAAAUAAAUGGUUUUAUACCAUAUCUGAAGUAUCCUUAUUACUAAUGGGUUCACAACAUUUAAAAUAAAGCUCAGUCCAUUAGAAGCAAUAAAACUAAAACUAGUGAAAUAUUAUUUCUAGAUAGAGGGCAUGUGGCUGAACCAGAACAGUACCUUGUUCAAUACAAGUAAGUCUACCUGCAUAUAUACUGUGGCUGAACCAGAACAGUACCUUGUACAAUACAAGUAAGUCUACCUGCAUAUAUACUGCCUCUACCUUCCCCCAGGUGAGACGAAGAGGAAGCUAUUGCACAAAGAUCAAACUGGUGUUUAAUGAUAGCAUUAUGUAGGCAUUGUGUUAAUUUAUUGUGCUUUUCCCACUAAACUUUUGUUUUCUUUACAUUUUUUUAGAACCUUGAGCUCCAAGGUAGAAAGGAGCCAGAGUUGCAACGAUACCCUUCGAGAAAGAUCCAAAAGCAGGCAAAGAUCAGCUCCAGUCAGAACAAAGGUGAUGAUGAUUUUGAAAAUGGUGGCUAUCAUCUUGGGUUCCACUGCCUCAAAAUGUCCUGAGCUAUAUUGUAAAGAGUCUUUGAUUUGACCAGGGGACUGCUGCAUCUGCUGGCUUUCUGUAAUACUGAAUGUGUGUUUCUUGACAUAUUCCUUUACUACUGCAGAGGGUCCUGUGGGUGCUUCCAUGUGGCAGUUUGUUGUUGACUCAAGCCAAAGAACCACCUAGCUUAGCACCCUCUUUCCACCAGGCCUUUGGCCAAGGCACAGCCUGACUCCCUCCUAUGGCAAUCUUCACAGAACUUUAGCCUAAUGGUUGCCAUCAAUUUGAUUUGAAUUAAUUGUAUACUGAAAUGGUUUUAGAAUGUUGUAUUAUUUUAUUGUUGUUAGCUGCCCUGAGCCCAGCUUCGGCUGGGGAGGGCGGGAUAUAAAUAAAAAUUAUUAUUAUUAUUAUUAUUAUUAUUAUUAUUAUUAUUAUUUAUUAGACACCCCCAGGCAGGACCUGAGUUCAAUAGCGCGCUCCCUACUUCCCUCCCUAAUCUCAGCAGCUGGUUUUCAGAGGCUUUUACUGCCUCCUGUAGUGGAGGUUGGAUGCAGCCUUCAUGGCUAGCAACCAGUGGGAGCCUCUUUCUCUAUGAAUUUGUCCCUUAAAGUCACCUGUAGUUUGGGACAUCGCUGCAUCAUUUGGGAGUGAAUGCCGUAGUUUUAACUAUGCGCUGUGUGAAUAAGAACUUUCUUCUUUCUGUUCUGAAUCUUCCAUCAUCUAGCUUCAUCAAAUAACCUUGGGUUCUUACUAUUGUACUGCACUGUUCUGUCUCUGUCCCCUUUGCCUUCACCAUCCAUAAUCAUUAUACACCACUAUCAUGCCUCCCUCUUUAUCCACCUUUUCACUGAAUUAAUCCCCAAAUGUUGUGUAACUUUUCCUCAUUGGUGAAUUGCUCCAGCCCCACAAUCACUUCAGUUGGGGUUUUUUUUUUUUUUAACCUUCCAGCUCUCCAAUGUCAUUUUUGAGGUGUGUGUUGACCAGAACUGGGCAGUACAUCUAGUGUGGUUGUAUCAUAGUUUUGUAUAACGUCGUCAUGAUAUUGACAGUUUGAUUUCCAAUCCCCAUUUUUAAUGAUCUAUAACAUGGAAUUUGCCCCCUUUUUUUGUAAGGUGCUUGGAGGGCUAUGUUACAGCUGUUUUCAUUAUUACCCUGAAUCUGCCUUCCAUGUUAAUGUGCAGCAGCAGCAGUUCUCAACGUAAUCUGUGAAAAUCGUUUUUAUCCAGUGGUACCUUGGUUUGCAUAUGUUUUGGAUUACAAACACGUCAAACCCAGAAGUGCAUGUCCCGGUUUGCAACGUUUUUUUGGAUUGCAACCCAUUUUAUUUGGAUUGUGAAAAAAUUUUUUUUGGAGGCCCCAUUGGCGAAAGCGCGCCUUGGGUUACAACCUGUUUUGGUUUACAAACGGGCGUCCGGAACAGAUUGUGGUUGUAAACCAAGGUACCACUGUACUUUGUAAACCCCUUUUGGCAUUAAGCUGUGUGUAAAUUAGUUAAUAACGAUACCCACUUGCUCCUUGCAGAUAAACCAGUUAUCUGGUGCGCCUGCUCCCCUCGUUGGAGUUUUAUCGUCCACCCAGAACAAUCGCUGCCUCUCCGCCCCAGACCUAACAGCUGAUAAGCGCCUUGUCUUCCAUGCCGCUGCUUCCUUCUCCGUCCUCCAGAAGCCAGAGCGCUCGAUCAGCCCCGAGAGCAAUGACAGCAUUUCAGAAGAACUCAAUCACUUCAAGCCCAUUGUCUGUUCACCCUGCACACCUCCAAAGCAGCUUCCCGACGGUGGAGUUCUCAGUCCCCUAAUUAUCAAGUCUACUCCGAGGAACCUAACGAGGAGUUUACAGAAGCCAACCACUUACGAAGCCAGUCCCAGGAUCUUGAAAAAAUGGGAGCAGAUAUUCCAGGAACGGCAGGUGAAAAAGACACUUUCUAAAGCCACCCUAACAUCCCUGGCCCCAGAGGUGGGGGAAGAUUUUCUGGUUCCUAGCGUGAACUCACUCGUCAAAGAGCCCCCGCAGAUAUCAAACGAUGUGCUGCCGCCUGAAAUCAUCACGCACGUGCAGGCAGCAACAGACUGUUCGCCUUCCGUCUGUGUUUCAAAGUUUGAAAGCUCUGGCAAUAUCAGGAGAGACUUGGAGGCGGUGGAAGAUUACCCCAAAGCACCCGUAGCGAGACCCAACGAAAGCACCCUAAACACCAGGAUUUCUGACGUCCCCAGCGCAAAAUCAGCCUUGCGGCAGACGGAAACGUGUUUGAACGUCGAUGCCAAAAUGGUGACCCGGAAAGUGAUUAGAGUCAGCUCGGAGUUUCCAGAGAACGGGGCCCUCGGCCCAUCGGUCAAGGCGGCCGGCAGGAAGCAGCUGAAGUACCUGAACGAAAGUGAGCGGAGCAACUUCCCAAACGGCGUCUGUAUCGAGAAAGCCCUCGGCGACGAGACCUCGCCUUUGAGGAGGGGCCGAAAGAGACAGUGCAAAAUGAAGCACUUGGAACAGGCCGGCUCGGUCAAGAGACUGAGGCAGGUGGCUUGUCACCACGGGGCGCUGGCUGCUCCCGAACCUCCGAGGAAGAGGAGGAGGAGUGAGAUGGAGCAGAGGCUGAAGCAGGAGGAGGAAGACCGCCGGCUGGCCUUGCAGCUCCAGCGGAAGUUUGACAGCGAGAACAGGACAGUGGCAAGGCGGAAAGGGAGAGCAGAUCAGUAUUUCCUGCGGUCAAAGAGCACCACGGGUGCAAAGUAGCACUUAUUGAACAAUGUUGCCUUUUCUAGUUAAUGUGAGGUUGGUCAAAAUGAUCUGGGAAGGAGGAAGACCUGUUUUGUUAUCCUACCUCCCCCUCCCCCAAUUGCGUUUCCUUUUUUUUUUUUAUGGUAAGGUGAGUUAAAUCCAGUUCACGCUACAGUCAAGGUCUUUGCACAGAUGUAGGCUACACUUUAUUCUUUUUACUGAAGUUGCUUCUGAGACUUCAGACCCACUCACAGGAAUGCAUUUAAAUUUCACUGAUCAGAAGGGCAUAGACCCGUGUCUACAGCCGAGUCCCAUUGGUAUGCAAACUGCUUCCAGGUUGUGAGUAGAUGACACUAUUGGAUUGGCAUUUUUUGUCACUGAAAUCAGUUGCUGUGAGUGAUCUUUUAACCUCAGGAGCAGCCUUGAGAGGGAGGGAGGCCAGUCAUUUGAACUGUGGGAUACACAGGAAUGUAUUUAAAUAUACAGUGUAUUAUUGAGCAUUCACAUCUAUGGAGGGCUGUUUAUACAGAACCCAAACUAAUAACCUUUUGCCAGAUCUGUGGCUGCUAUUUGUGCUGUCCAUCUCUUAACACCUGGCACAAUCCGUUUGCAUUGCCACAGAUUAUUUUUUGAUCUCAAGGCCAUGUUAAUAGGAGUCAGAUUUGAGGUGUACAAACACAAGGCUUCCCACUCUGGCGAGACAGAACUGAAGGCAGAGAAAUUGCACCUAGCCUCUCUCACUACCAUGGCGAUUUGUUUGCUAUCCCAAGCCUUUCUCUUGCUCCUCAUCAUGCACAGCUUUGGGGAUAUAAACUAUGACAGCAGUGGAAUGACUUCUGUGACUGGAAAUGUGUGCGGAUGUGUUGUGUGAAUGAGACGGCCGUGGAGAGUGGAUUCUGUUGAACUCUUCCAGUGUCUGGUUUUUGAGAUUGCUGGGUUGAAAGGCCCAAUGCAAAUGACUAAACUGUCCCAUUUAAAGUGGGUUUUGAAUUGGAGAUAGGCGAUGUUGGGAGUAUUUUCUGGACACCCACCCUAACCAGUGCUCACUUGGUCAACAAGUUAAAGUUUCCACAUGUGGAAGUGUGUCAUAUUUACAAUCUCUUCAGCAAUGCUUGUUGUCUAGUGUGCUGCAGAGGUUUGUUUUUUGUUUUGUUUUGCUGUAUCAGAUAGGCUUUUCACAAGCCUGCUUUGUCGUAAGAAUUUGAAGAGGAUAAGGUGACUCAUGAUGACUUCAAAAGUGGCCACUGCAAUCAGCCAGGUUUGUCCCACACUAGGAGUAGGUGUUUUUAAGCCCCUUUGAACUACGUACCAUGAUAGAUUGGCAUUGAGGCCUCUGGGUUUGCUGCUCAGGAAAAGUUGAAAGCCACAAAAGGUGAAAUACAGAGUAAAUAGUCUAUAAGUACAUCACCCUAGUAUGGUUAGAGCCAAAGAAGCUCUCAGUGGGUGGAAACUUGUAAUCUCUAAAAACAGGUUGUGGUUUAAAAAUGCUUUUAGCAGUUCAACAGUCACUUGUAGACCCAGGUUUCUGUGUUGUGCUGCUGUAUCCCUUUGGAGGUGGGAAGCUAAAACUUGGCAUACUUUUCUCAAGGCUUCCUCAAUCACUGGCAAGAGAGCUACCCCCACCUGUCUUCCAGCCUGACUCGUUCAUUCCAACUCUGCCUUGCGGAGCUUCCUUGGUUAUCCUGCAACUUCCUCUCUACAGCUGUUUGCUGGAGGGGCAGAGCUCUUGCGGUCUUCACCGUCUAGCAUCAGCCUUGACACUUGCUUGGACCAAGCAAAUCCGGCACUUAAGAGAAUUCUCUAAAAAUUAUGUGGAGGAAAGUGUUCAGGUGGACUUUGAACUAAUUCCAGAUUGGUUGGCUUUCCUGGCAAACAGAACUAGAAUAUGUUUUGGUUUCACUUUUGCUUCAUUUCCUUAGGUCCUUACCAUUCUAUCAUAGUUGGUUAGAAGGAAGCCCCACUGAUUUCAGUGGGGCUCACUUUUUGGUAAGCUUGAGUAGAAUUGCAACCUUAAAUUUUGCUGAUCUGUUAGAGACAGAAAACGCUUAUGUAAAAUGCAGUGUUUCCUUGCUGAAAACCUGGGAGCAAUCGGUAUUAUUCUCAACAUGCCAAAGACUGCCAUUACAGUAAGGAAACCCUUAUGGAGACCAGACCUUUUCAGGCCCUUUAGAAAGAUGUGGCCCCUUGGUAAGAAAAGGGGAUUAGAAGGAUACUUCAGAGGAGAAUUGGGCCUUAAAAACUUGGAAAGUAUGAGUUCACUUCAGAUGCUUAUUUCAGCAUAAUCUCUGGUGAAUGUAGAGCACUUUUCCCAAGUGAUCGCACGUCAAGUAACAUAAUUUGGGUGAGCUGAUGAUCAUGUUUCUUAAUGGGAAUUUAGGAUCAUCGCUGGAAGAAUUAUGUGGAUUUCCAGUUCUUUUGUUGCACUACCGCACACAGGUAGUCAGGUUGUCUGUUCUGUGUUGUCCCGGUGCAUGUUGCAGGGGCUCAGCCCUCGAGACCCAUUUACGACCCGUUUACGGCCCUGUUAGACUUUUGAUCAGUACACCCUCGGGGUGUACAAGUGAUUUAAGUGAGUGCCAGAAACUGGGAUGGCAGAAGCAAUGGUGAAGUCAGGUGUGUGAUAUGGUCCUGCCUGAAUUUGGAAAAGCAUGGUCUAGGUCUUGACAGUCUGUGGAAAGGUAGGGAAGCAAAGCUUUACCCAUGUGGUAUCUUCACACCAGCAGUCUCCUUCAGGAUAUGCUGUGAAAAGGUCUAGUGCCGUCCAUGGGGUCUCAGACAAGAGACUGCCUAUGGCUGCACUUUUCUUUGUGGGGACACCAAGAUUUCAUGAUAAGAGGCACAAAGGAUAACUCCAGAAAUUAUAUAGGAACAAACCCAGAUUUUUGACUGAUUAUGCGCUUGGAAGGAAAGCGAAGCCAAUCUGAGGAAUGUAAUGUACCUGCACAUAGCCAAAGUGAUGUACCAAUUCAUCUCUUAACUUCCUUGCAGUGGACUAUUGAAGUAGCCCUAUGGCCUAAGGGGCGCCCAGUAGCAUUCUGGGACUUUCCUCCUUUUGGAAGGAAACACACCAGUUGCAAAAGAGCUCUAGCCCUCUUGCAAACAGAGAUCCGCUAUAUGCUCUUGUAAUCCAGAGCAAUGUCUGGAAGUAGGCACAAGGAACAAUAUUUGUUGUUUAGUCAUGUCCAACUUUGUAACCCCAUGGACCAGAGCACGCCAGGCACUCCUGUCUUCCACUGCCUCCCACAGUUUGGUCACUCACGUUGGUAGCUUCGAGCAAUAUUAUCCCCUGGUAUUUUGCUGCAUGAAGCUCCAAACCGAAGCACAUUCUGAAAGUGGAUCUAUUCAAUGAGCGAGCGGCCUCAGCUUGGUGUUUCAAAUGCAGGCAUUCCGGAAGAGGGGUGUGUAUGGAACGCAGACACGACUGUUUCGGGAUGUGGGACGUGAACAAGAUUCAGGAGUAGGAGGCCAAACGAGGCGUGUGUGUGUGUACACGUGUGUGAGCGAGAGAUCACUUACUUGAUGAAGUCAUGGCUGUGAACCUCCUCGCCAUGGUGAUGAACACUGCAGGGAUGUAAUCUGACAAGAGGUAGCAGUGUAGCCCUUACAUCUUCUCUACUGGCCCUUAGGUAGGGCAGUUGCAAACUACUACUAGAGUGCUUUUGCCCAAGGUUCUGGCCGACCUGAUGCCAAACACAGAUCUCUUUGGACAUAUGAGCCUAUUGGCCACUGAAUGUAUUAACGGGGCCAUUUAGUCUAGAUAGAUACGGGGGCCCUUAAUCUUGCAAGGUUGGUUGCCCACCUCAUAGCCUAAAAGCGUGCCCUUGUGUUUUUGUGUUUUCCUUGCCUUUGAGAGAUCUGCCCUCAUUUGGUCAGAAACUGACCCAGGCUUGCCUACUUAUCAAGGAGAGCACUACUGUUGGGCCUGUUACGUACUCACGGAGGUCAAAGAGUGUCUUGCCAUAAAUGUCAGUGGGUGUGAACUUCCUGCUUACCGGCUCUUGCCUUUGUCAGACUUCUGGUUCCUGAUGAGGUUUAAAAAUGGGGUUCUGUUUAUAGCUCAGUUGGGGGGGGGGAGAGAUCUUGACAGUGAGUGAAUGAAUGCAGCUGCCAAAGACACAAUCUGACCCUGAAAAUCCGCUCUGACCCUCCUGGAUAUCCCUGUUUGGAAAAGGGAGCGAUGCAAGUUCUUCAGUUGAUUACGGAUGUUGGUGGAAAUAGCGAAGAUGGGGAAAGUGCCAAAAGAUUGGAUUUUGUACGAUGAUUGUAUUGCAUUUUAUUAUAUAACUGUCAGUAUUCUUUCUCUUCAAAUGUAUUGUGGGGCAUGUCAUGGACUACAGGUCAAACCCAAGCACUUUGUUGAAGUUCUCUCAAUGAAGGCAAAGGAAGAGGAAAGUACAAGCCUUAAAGACUUUCUAUAAUGCAUUGAUUUCCCCCCCCCCAAAAAAAAUGGACAAAAAACAAACCUGGACAUUGCUUCAACAAGCACCUGCAAUGCUUCUUGUUGGGCUUUUAAAAAGGAUCACGCUGGCAUCUUGAUUUUCAUCUUUACCGGUGGAUUAAGGCAGCCUUGCCUUCAGAAAGGUGCCACCCAAAACCAGUUUCAGCUCUCGGAGAGGACCAGAUACAGUCGCUUAAAAGUAACAUUCCUUGCCCAAGAACUGACUGGAUGUGAAAGUCCAUCAAUUUCGACGCUGGUCUGUUAGAUACUCUCUGCUGAGUCUCCACAGUAAGGUCAAAACUGCACUGCUGAACUCUACAGCUGGUGCCGCCAUCUUCCUAAAUGUUGUGUUAUUAGGAAUCUGAUGGAAAACAUUGUUCCUUUUCCAACUAUUUAGAACACUGCAAGCAGGUAUAUAGAAUUAGCUAUCCACUAUGCAAACAAAGAAAACACCUUUUUUUGGUUACCAUUGUUGGGAUUUUGUGUAAGCUAGGUUCUACUGGUGUCAGACUGUUCCCAGAAAAAUUGAUGUUGCUGCAUUUAUCUAAUUCCCUUCUCAACACCCCCUCCCCCCAGUAUGCUUUAAAUCAUUUUGUGCUUUGGUGUGUAUCCUCCGCUUGGUACUUGAAAGCCAGUGCAGUACAAGACAAAGCAUCAUUUUUGAGAUCGCAACUGAAUCACUGUGGCUUCAUCAGAUUUUUUGAUAAAACAAAUCUGUUUACUGAGAAA